AUGCCGCCGCGAGCAGCGACGCGCACGGUGCGCCUCCGCCAGUCGCCGCGGGCUGCGGCACACACGGAGCGCUUGAAGCUGCUCACGUACCCCAUGGCACUCGCCCAGCGCGGUGCUACAGUGCCGCUCAUCCACAGCCCUACCAUAAAUGCCGGUCACGGGGGCGGCACGGCACCACGUCUUCUUGCUGACACACUGAGCUGCUUCAACAGGGGCGGUGGUGGCGGCGGGGCUCGACGACCCCCCGCAGCGAGAGCGCACAACGAGUGUGUGGAAGGUCCGUCCGGUGUAGUCGCGCAUAGCGAAGAGGACGGCGACGCUACCGGCGCGCAGACGCUCCCGGCCCCGCGCCGAUGGGUGCGAGAUGCCGACGAACUUUGCGUUGCCUCCAUCCACCGCAGCAACAACAUCAAUCGCAUCAACUCCUACAUCGCCACGUACAAGCUCGGCGACCCGCAGUGGCGUCCGCUACUGCUACCGGAGGUGCACGUGCUGCCCAAGGCGCGCACUGCUAGCACCGACACACCGAAGACUGCAGGCGCACAAGAGCAGAAGACGACGGGCCACUCCUGUCGUCUCUCUUCCUCGGCAGCAUCGAGUACUGUGGACGGAUACGACGUCUUCAUCGACUACAACAAGCUGACGACGCUGGAGCUCAUGUCGCGGCACGCCAACUACGCACUGCGCCACCUCGUGCAGAAGGGUCAUGCCAUGUAUCUCGUGACCUUCGCCCAGCACUCGGUGGUGCAGAUGCGCGGCUUGGUGGAGGCGUCCUACAUAAGCUGUGCGUACGGCAUUCGUGGCGAGCGACUGCGCACGCACAUCAUCCACACGGGCCCCGUUGACGUGCGCGAGGUGCUGGAGAUAGACCCCGUGACGCUGCGCGUGUCCUUCGACUUAGAGAAGCAGCACGUGCGCCGCGGUGUGGUGGCCGUGUCCACUGUGGAGGGCUACGGGACCUGGUUUCAGCGCAAGCCGAUGCUCUGGCAGCGCACACGCCGCAUCGGCGCUCUGCAGAGUCAAAUGGGCUCCUACGACUACCAGCUGUGCGACAGCGCCGAGGUGGGGCGGCUGCGUCCGUACGAAGUCUCGCUGCUCGCACCGCACGUGCGUCUGAUCGGCGUCCAGGGCGGGGCCGACGCUGUCGCCCUCAUUGCCUCCUCACAGGUUGCCCAGAACGAGCGGCUUUACUUGGGGCAGUUCGAGGCACCGGUGCUCACAGCCGUGGACGCCGUGCAUCAGCUCAUCCAUCGCACCGCGUUGCAUCAUCAGCUGCUGCGGCCUGCACGGACGGAGGAAGCCAGUGGCGACGCUGCGGUGCCGACGGUGGCGGCGUUGGAGGACCCGCGGCUACAGGAGCUGCGCCGCCUCGCCGGGAUGGAGCGCUUCCUCCCGGUCAGCUGGGUGACCCGCACCCCACCGCCGUACGUGCCGCUUGAGUCGGACCUUCCUUUCCGCAUUCAGCUCUCCCGCCCCGCUGUGAUUCGCACCGAUGCGCGCAGCACGCAGACCGGCGGCACGGCGGACAGCAACGCGGCCAUUGUCUUUCCCACCGGUGGCUCCGUCGGCUCGCCGUUUGUGAGGGGGGUGCCGCUGAGCCUCUUUGAGUACAACAUCCACCAGGGCGUCGACCACUACAUCUUCGACGACGCCCCCAGCGCGCGGCCGCUUAAGUGGUGGAACCAGAAGUCAAACAUGCCGUACAGCGGCUACGUGUACGGCAUGCGGAGCGGUCUGCUGGACUGCGUCGAGCCGGCAGAGAAAAUACCGAACCCACUCGCGCCUCCAGCUGCAGCAGCGGCGUCGGCGACACCUGCGAAGUCAGGGCGCCGGCGCAAGAGGCGCGUCGCACGUGCACAGCGGCACACCUCUUCUGCGGGCACUACAGCGGGGGCGGCAAGCGAGGUCUCACUCUCUGCGAUAGACGAGGUGGCAGACGCGGUGGAGCGGGCAGCGCCGAGCUCUUCCCCCUCUUCUUCAGCGCAUGUAGGCGACGCUGAGGACGAUAGGCCGCUGAACCUGGCGGCGGAGGAACUAGCUGCCGGCGAGGAGGAGCUUACCGGGUAUGAGGAAGACAGUCGACGAGAGGCGGCCUUGGCUUGGGCUGAAGAUGGCAUGGACGUUUCCGUGGAAGAUCGGCCACCGCUGCACACUCUUGUGGCACCUACGACGGCUGCCCGGCGACGUCUGCGGCGGUAUGCGAAGGCGUCGUCAUCGCCGUCGAGCGCUGCUGCUGUGUCCUCUUCAUCUGGAGCGUUGGAGAGCCGAGCGGAUGUGCUGCUGCAGCGGCAGAUGCGGCUGCGGCUAAUGCGACGGCGACGAAACGCGCAAGGAGCGUCACCGCUGCCGCCCAAGGACGGCGCGCGUCCUCCGGACACCACCUCUGACACGAAGGCGCUGUAG